UGUCAACUGUCAAUUGCUGGUAUCCUAAGCAUUUCCUACUUCAGUGUUAAACAUACAUAAUUUUUUAUCAAAUUUGUCUGAUGCAAUGACUGUGAAAGUUUAAUUUAUUGGUUUUACCUGGUAAUUCCUAAAAAACGAAUUAAUACGCAUAAUUCUUAACAAACCAUGGCGACGUCUAGUGAUACGUCGGAGCAAAAUGUAAAGUCAAGACGACCUGCUGAAUCUGCUUUUAAGCAGCAACGUCUACCUGCAUGGCAACCAAUACUGACUGCUGGAACUGUGCUACCUACGUUCUUUGUAAUCGGAAUCGCUUUUAUACCAGUCGGGAUAGGUCUGCUCUAUUUUUCUGAUGAGGUUAAAGAGCAUGUUAUUGACUACACUUAUUGCAUGAAAGAUGAUAUGAACGUCACAUGUGCAGAUUUUUUAAAAAACAACACUGAAGAAAUAUGCACUUGUCAUCUUCCCUUCAAUCUUACUGAGGACUUCAAAGGAGAAGUUUAUUUCUAUUAUGGACUGACCAAUUAUUACCAGAAUCAUAGACGAUAUGUAAAAUCCAGGGAUGACAAUCAGCUUUUAGGCCGCCUGUCAUUAACUCCAUCUUCUGAUUGUGAUCCAUUUGCACGUGCUGAAGAAAAUGGAGUAAUGAAACCAAUAGCACCUUGUGGAGCUAUAGCUAACUCUUUGUUCAAUGAUACACUUACAUUGCAUUCAGUGGAAUCGAAUGGCGAUGUUCCUGUACUACGAACUGGUAUUGCCUGGGCAUCUGAUAAGAGGACCAAGUUCCGGAACCCAGAAGGCAAUCUCGAAGAAGCAUUUGCAAACUUUACGAAGCCAGUGAAUUGGCGUGUCAACAUUUGGCAGUUAGAUCCCGGCAAUCCUGAUAACAACGGUUUUCAGAAUGAAGACUUGAUCGUGUGGAUGCGCACAGCCGCCCUGCCGACAUUCCGCAAGUUGUAUCGGCGCGUGGACCACAGCCAGGUAGGGUUCGGUGGUGGACUCGUCAAAGGCCCGUAUAUUCUCAAAGUCGACUACAAUUACCCAGUAGUUGACUUCCAUGGGACGAAAUCAUUUAUAAUUUCGACUACAUCGUUGCUGGGGGGAAAGAAUCCGUUCUUAGGAGUGGCUUAUGUAGUCGUCGGUACCCUGUGCCUCUUACUGGGCAUAGUACUACUCGUCAUACACGUCAGAUGUUCCAAGAGAUAUCCAACACCCCAAACGUACUACAUACGCGAACCGAAUACACAAGUCCUCACAACCGAAAUGAUCAACGUGAACCCGCGCACGCCGUACUCUUGAACGGUGACGUCAUAGUUCAUCAAUAAUAGAACAGUAUCAACGAUUUGUAGAUUUUUGACAAAGAAAAUGUAAUUUAAUUUAUAUAUUUAACAAACACUUCUAGUGAUUACGUUCUGGAAAGAGUCAUUUGUAUUAAAAAUUAUUGCUUUCACAAGUAUUAUUGAUUUUGGUGUAUUGAAAAAGAAAAAACGGUUCUUAAAGCGAAUGUUUAAGGAAAUAUAAAAUAUAAGAGUCGAAGUACGCAAAUACACUAGAAACUAUAGGUAGCUUUGUGUGUCAGUGUACUAAGUGAAUUAUUUCAUCGUUGUGUUAGAAUGAAUACUUUAGAAACAGCAAAAGUUAUAUUUUGAACAGCGUUGGUUUUGUGUUGCGGACAUCCUCUGUGCUUUUUCGUAACACUUUUAAUCUAUUUUUAAAUAUAAAAAUGUAUUAAUCGAUAUGCGGAACCAAUUAAAACUACUAUUACUGUAUAACCUCUCGUGAUUUAUUAAUUGUUUUAUUAAACACGACGUGUUCCUUUGAGAACACGAAAACUGUUUAAUUUUUUUUUUUGUAAAGUGCUAGAAACUUCGGAAAUAUUAUAAUGGUAAUAAGCAACGCGAUAUUAAUCCGUAAAAGUUGUUUUAAUUAUGUCAACGACACGCGAAAAUCGAACUUAAUAUUAUUUAAUUUAGAAUUGUUUUUGAAGUAACAAAAACGGUGGAAUGUAUUGUUUGUUGUAUCAAAUUUUACAUUCAAUGUGGACGAUAAAGAAACUUUGAUUCAGAGAUCAAGAUAAUUCCGAUAUACACGACCUAAAGGCCUCAUUGGUGUAAUUAUAAAAAAAACUCUUGUUCACUGUUAAGUAUUACCUUCAACCUUGUUUCAACUACUUCUUGAAAAUAAAGAACCUUCUAGCGGUAGGCAGCGGCUUGGCUCUGCCCCUGGAAUUGCUGAAGUCCAUGGGCGACGGUAACCACUCACCAUCAGGUGGGCCGUAUGCUCGUCUGCCUACAAGGGCAAUAAAAAAAAAUUAUUCUGAAUACCGCUAUGUCGGCAUUUAAAUUGUAUUUAACUUACUAAUCUUGUUAACAUUUCGUGUAAGCUACAAGAGGAUAGCGGAAAUAAUAUAUAGAUUUAAAAUGUGCUGUAUUAAAAUUUAAUUAAUAAAAUUGCUGUUUUCGAUUA